AUGGCCACCAAGAGCGUCCUUAGACGAGCCCUGCUUUACGUCCCUGGCUCAUCACAGCGCAUGCUCGACAAGUCCCGAACACUCUCUGUCGACUGCGUCGCCUACGACCUCGAAGACAGCGUCACUCCGUCCAAGAAAGCCGAAGCUCGCAGCCUGGUGCGCGCAGCUCUCGACCUGCCCUCGCCCGCCGGCGCCAGGGAGCGGGCAGUACGCAUCAACUCCGUCGGCAGCGGGCUUGCUCUAGCCGACCUGACGGAAGUGCUUAAAUCUCCCAACCUCUCGACGCUGGUGGUGCCGAAAGUCGACUCAGCCUCAGACCUCACCUUCAUAUCCGACGUGAUCUCACAUACCCUCUCCACCGCCGACGCCCACCUACCGCGUCCACAAAUCUCCAUACUCGCCCUCAUAGAAAGCGCAAAGUCCAUCACCAACCUAUCACAGAUAUGUACCGCCACGCCGCUCCUGUCCGGCCUGAUCUUCGCUGCAGAAGACUUCGCGCUCGAUCUAAGCAUCACUCGCACCCCGUCACUGAAUGAAUUCCUCUACGCCAGGAGCGCCAUAGUUACCGCCGCAAGGGCCCAUGAGCUGCCUUCCGCCAUCGACCUGGUCUGCACGUCGUACAAGCAAGACGGAGACGGCAUGUCGGUGCUAGAAGAAGAGUGUUGGUCCGGUAAGAGGCUUGGGUUCAAUGGGAAGCAGUGUAUCCAUCCGACGCAGGUGGAGAGGGUGCAGGGGAUUUUUGGGCCAGAGCAGAAAGAGGUCGAGUGGGCUGUUAGGGUUGUGGUUGCGGAUGAGAAGGCUGCGAGGCAGGGAAGGGGAGCAUGGACGCUGGACGGGAAGAUGAUUGAUGUCCCCGUUGCGGAGAAGGCGAGAGCGAUUGUGAGGAAGGCUGAGGCGUGCGGGUUUGAUGUCGAGGGAGUUAGGGAGAGAUGGAAGCAUCAGGAGCCGGAGUAG